AGUGAAAAUUACGUUGUUUUUUAUUGCUCCUUUUGUCAAGUGAAUUUUAAACGGACAAAUUAAGAGAUACAAUUGCGUUUCCCCUCUAGAGUUUACACAUGAAGAGCUUUACUCCUCGAAGGGAGUAGGGCAUAGGAAUGAUCACUUCGAAAGGGAACGCAGGGUAUGUAGACGUUUGCGCUUUUCGUUCUUUCUGACACUAGUCAGCCACCGUGGAGCCCAAACACGACAUGCGUAAUCUUAUACAAUGCUGGACUCAGUAGGAUAAAAAAUAUAAACUAACAGAGAUCUAUGCCACUGCCAAGGUGAUAUUGGUGGUGUGUGUUUUAAUGAUGGCGUCCCCGGAGUUGCGGUGUGUGUUUGAACUGUGUGUAGAUCAGAAUGUUAUAGCGGGGCUGAGAGAGGUGUCAGGACCGCUGGCUCAGCACGAACUUCCUCAGCCCACAUCCAUUGAAGAUGAAAUGUUAAUACUCCAUGUACAAUAUAUAAUGGCAGAUGGACAUUCAAGAAGGACAGGCUUGUCCGGUGAAGUGUCGGACAGGAUGUUCUGCUCGGCUUGUCAGUGUCCUUUCGAGAGUCGAGAAGAGCAGAUGGAGCACUACAAACUAGACUGGCAUCGGUUUAACCUGAGACAACGUCUGGAAGGAAGAUCAGCUGUCACAGUGGAUGAGUUUGAGAAGAAAACUGGCACAGGAGAUAUAUCAAGCAUUUCAGGUUCAGAUUCAGAGAGUGAGAAUGAGAUUCUUGCAGAUGAUGUGACCUCUGAGGGAACAGAUGAAACUCUGGACACAGAUCAGUCCCUAUGUCGGUUGUCUUCUAAAGUAGCCUUUCAGAACGAGGAGGGACAGUACCUGACAUUGUAUCGCUGUGUUGUGCAGAGCAAGAGAGACAGUGAAGAAGACUUGGUUUCAUCUUUACAAAAGAUAUCACACAACACUGUUUGGGUCAUUCUGAUGACUGGUGGUGGACACUUCGCUGGAGCUGUUUUUAAGGGGAAAGAGAUUCUGCAGCAUAAGACGUUUCAUCGGUACACCGUGAGAGCAAAAAGAGGGACUGCACAGGGACUGAGGGACUCUCAGAAUCGCAGUCACACACCCAAAUCUGCAGGGGCCGCCCUCCGACGCUACAACGAGGCUGCACUGGUGAAGGAUAUUCAUGAUCUUCUGGAAAGCUGGGCUGAGUUUUUAGAGGAGGCAAGUGCCAUCUUUUUACGAGCGCCAAGUUACAACAAGACCAUAUUUUUUGGAGGCCGAGGAGCACCAAUGGACAAAACAGACCAGAGGGUCCGGAUACUUCCUUUCGCCACCCGCAGAGCCACGUUCAGUGAAAUAAAACGAGCCUUUGAUAUGCUCUCAACUCUACAUAUUUAUCAUAAAGACGCUGACAUGUCCAGUAUUCUCAGUUUGUCGAAGAAAGUGUGGAAGAAAAAAAAAACUAAACCUAUUAGUCAAACCAUGCCUGAGCCAAACACAAAUGAAGCAGAUGAGGUAGAGGAAAGAAGUUCAGAUGAGGAAGACUCAGGAGUGUUGGAGACAGUGGAGGUGACGCUGGGAACCCUGGACCUCCGAGAAUAUGAAGUCCAGCCUAAUAAGAAGAAAAGAAAGAAAUGGAAAGAGAAAAGAGAAGCCCCAAGCAGCAGAGAAAUAACAGAAGCAAAGGCUGAUGAUGAAACGGUGGAAGAAGCAGAACCUGAAGGUGAAAAUGAUCCUAAAGAGACACAGACGAGGUCGAAAAGCAAAAGUAGACCCAAAGGCAAAAAACGUGAGCCUGAAGAAGAUGAAGUGGAUGACUCAUGGGAAUACAGUUUGAGGGAUGCGCUGUAUACCGCCUGUAAAACUGGGGAUAUCAAAACCUUGUACACACUUAUGCAACUUUCAGAAGAUCAGGAGAAAGGAAUUGAGAGGGAUACUCGAGAGAAAUCUACCUCAGACACCACCAAUGUUUCAUGCCUUCUCAACAAGCCCAUAGACUCAGCGGGCUUCACUUUAUUGCACGUGGCAUCCGCAGCUGCACAGAAAUCUGUCAUCAGACUGUUAUUGGAUGCAGGGAGUGAUCCAGCAAACAAGGAUAAGAAAGGACAGACUCCAUAUUUCGUCGCUCCCGAAAAAGAUACCCGAAACAUUUUCAGAAAAUACAUGGCUGAGCACCCUCAUAAGUAUGACUACACUAAAGCACAGGUUCCAGGACCACUGACUGAAGAAAUAGAAUCUAAAAAGGCUGAGAAGAAGAAAGCCCAAAAAGUAGCGCGGAAACAAAAGGAGAAAGAACAGAAAGAAGAGAAACUAAAGAAACAGCAGGAGGAGGAAGAAAAGAAAAAGUUCACAGCACUCAGUGACAGAGAGAAGCGAGCUCUGGCUGCAGAGAGGAGAUUAGCUCAACAUAUGGCCGCAACUGGAGAAAUACUUAACAACAUCAGGAGAUGUUUUCAGUGUGGAGAGUCAUUGCUGGGGAAGAUUCCCUUUGAGUAUCUGGAAUACUCGUUCUGCACACCUCGCUGUGUCCAAGCCCACCGCAAAGCCAACGCUGCCGCCCGGCCCUAACCUCUCACCAUCUGUGAACGAACUGACUUUGAUAUAAUCGAUCUAUAGAGUAACAUCAUGACAGAAUGAAUGCUGGGAAUUGGAGCAGAGAAAGAUUAUUAAAAAGAUCAUUACUAUUGAGAGCAAAAUGGACGACAGAUACAUUUGAGUUAAUGGUCUAGUUCCUAUAAUUCACAUUAAAAGAUGAAUCACUGUGAUUUUUAUUUAUCUUCAAUAAAAUGAAAGCUGAAGCACUGGAAGA